AUGGAAGGAGAGGGAGAGAGUUCACUCGCUUCAUUUACUAGUGCAAUGAAUCUUACUAAGUCAGGAGCACUUCAUGUGCCUGAUCGUUAUGUUCUUCCUCCAUCUUACAGGCCAACAUCUGGUCUGAGCCCCUCUAUCACCCUUCCCAUUGUUGACCUUUCCUCUAUAUACCAUUCAUCUCUUCGGUCUCAUGUUAUAAAUGAGAUACAAAGUGCUUGUAAGAAAUUUGGAUUCUUUCAGGUGAUAAAUCACGGAAUCCCUCUUCCUGCAAUGAAAGAUGCUUUAGAUGCUGCUGUGGGCUUCUUUGACUUGCCUCUCCAGGAGAAGAUGCUUCUGAUAUCAGAUAACGUGCAUGCCCCUGUAAGGUACGGCACCAGCUUAAAUCAUUCAAAGGACAAAGUUCAUUUUUGGAGAGACUUCAUCAAGCACUACUCUCAUCCCCUCCCAGAGUGGGUCCAUCUAUGGCCUGCAAAUCCUCCAGGUUACAGGGAGAAGAUGGGAAACUAUGCAACAGCUUUGCAAAAUUUACAGAAACAACUGAUGGAAGUUGUUCUAGAAAGCUUAGGGCUGAACCCUAAUUACUUACGAAAUGAAAUCAAAGAAGGAUCACACGUGAUGGCCAUAAAUUGCUAUCCAGCAUGUCCUGAACCAGAGCUUGCAUUAGGGAUGCCACCACACUCAGACUAUGGAUCGCUGACAAUUUUACUUCAGAGCUGCACUGGUCUACAGAUCAUGGACCAGAACAAGAACUGGUUCUCAGUUCCAGUGACAGAAGGAGCACUAAUAGUUCAGUUGGGAGAUCAGCUAGAAGUAUUGAGCAAUGGCAAAUAUAAGAGUGUGGUUCACCGAGCCACUGUUACCUCCGACAAGAGACGAAUUUCAAUAGCAAGCCUUCACAGUCUAGCUAUAAAGGAGAAAAUGGCGCCAGCAGCAGAGCUUGUAGACAAACAGCACCCAGCAUUGUACAAAGAGUUCAGUUUCGAAGAUUUUCUUGAUUUUAUCUCAAAUAAUGAUAUACUACAGGGAAGAUUUCUAGAUACACUGAAGAAGAAUCCAUGAAAAGCAGGUGCACUAGGGGUCCGGGCAUUAUCUAUAUCUGUUUAUUGUAUUAUGGCACGUGCUAGUUUUGUUAAAAGACUUUAUAAAGUCUACUGAACGUGCAUGUUUAGACAAUAAUGCAUGAAGUUGAAGAAGAUAACUUAAAUGAAAUCAUUCAUGCCAAUUCCGUUAUCUGUGUUCAA